AUGGCGGACACGGCGGCGGUGGCAAAACCAAUGGCGGCACCCACGCCUGAUAAAAAGAAGAAGAAGAGGAAGAGCACCUCUUCGACGAGCGACACACCCACCAAGAGUGCCUCUAACGGAGCUUCAUCUUCGGCCUCCCCAAGCAGCGGAAAGAUAUCGAAGAAGGAGAAGAAAGCAGAGUCAUCCAACAAGGAUGUCAUGGAACUGGAGGAGCCUGCUAGCAAGCCCAAGAGGAAAUUUGACGAACAGACGAAGCCAACGGGCAAGGGCAAGGAAAAGGCUCACAAAUCUGGGAACGAUGAGGCUUCGCUUGCCACCGACCGCCGCAAGCGCCAACGAUUGUCCAUCACAUCGGAAAAGAAUCGUCCCGCUGUCGCUCCGAGCCUAGCUUGCUUCCCGAACGCGCCACCUCCACUUGCGAGCCUGCACAACAAGGAAGGCGGCAUCGCGUUCGGCAUGUGGGAGAACAAGGGCAUCACGCGAACGAAGAAGAUGCUCGUGGCCGAGACGGACAAGAUGCUCUACCUCGGCCAGCCCGUCGUUCGCAAUCCCUCCAAAUACUACAUCAUGGCGGUGGACAGGACCACCAACAAGGCCACCAUGGUGCCCAUCGCCAACUUCUACCACAUGCAGCAGCAGAUCAAGGGCUACACCCCGACGCUCCCUACCGACGCGGAGGACGACGAGCGGUCGUUCGGCGACCAGCGACGCUCGCUCAUCGAGCGCUUCGGCAGCAAGAAGAAGCGAUCGCAGGUCCACUCCACCCUGGCCAACAAGAUCGUCACCGGUUCGGUGUCGCACGCGGACGACAUCAUGACCAGCCUCGACGAGAAGGCCGCCCAGAAGGCGACCUCCGAUGGCCAGAUCAACACCGAGGUUUGUCCGCCCCGCCUCGUGCGCUGGCUGGCUGUAUCCCGAGCUGCCGCCCCACAACGCUUCACGGACACGGUGUCGGAGAUCUACCCGCUGGGCGACGUGAUCCCCUUCGACUUCCUGGGCCAAAUCGACCCCAAGCCCCUCAUCCAGGCCGCCAAGGACCCCGCCCAGUUCUCCGCCACCGCCAAAAAAACCCUCUCCACCGUGGGCAGGUACGGCAGCUACAUCGCAGAGCGCGUCAAGGGCCUCAGGGACCUCCUCCCCGGCGAACUGGAGCGCCAGGGCCGGUUACUGUCGCUGAUCGGGGCGCUGCUGAAGCUGCGAAGCUUCAUCAAGGACAAGCGCGGGGCGUUCAUGCUCGGGGACGCCAAGGACGCGGUGCACGGCGUGCUCCCGGAGGAGGUGGUGCGCCACUUCCUGCCCCUCUUCGCCGACGGUGAGGGCCGGCGCUUCCGCGCGUCGACGCUCGGCAUGACCCGCAUGACGACCUACAUCGUCAUUCUCCUCCUGCACGCCUCCGAGUUCCGCCUGGACGUCGCCACCCUCUCGACGGCGCUGGAGCUCGAGAGCAAGAAGUGCCAGCAGUACCUUAUCUCUAUCGGCUGCCGGAGCGGCUUCUCCAAGAAGGCCGGCGCCGGCGCCAGCAAGGCCGACGAGGAGGACGCCGAAGCCGCAGCCGCCGCCGGCCGCGGCUUGCGCGUGUUCACCCUCCGCGCGCCCCUCCGCCUGCCCGACAAGACCCGGAUCCGCGGCAAGGCCAAGUGA